CGGGCGCCGCGGCCGCGGUCGGAGACCCUGCGCUGCUCGGCUCGGUUCCGCCGGGCCCUGUCAUGUGACUUCUGCCGCUGAGGCCGGGCCGGGGCCUGUCGGCGAGGAGCGUCGGUGUCCGCGCGAGACUCCGAGGGCGUCCCGGUCCUUGGGGGCCUGGGGGCGUUACCUCCCGGCCGCGGCGUGCUGGGUUCCGUCAGGCGUCUGCCCCGCGCCAUGCGAGCACUGUGGACCCUCACUCUGGCCUUGGCUGCGGGCCUGGCCUCUGCCAGCCCCCCUAACAUUGUGCUGAUCUUUGCUGAUGACCUGGGCUAUGGGGACCUGGGCUCCUACGGACACCCCAGCUCGACCACCCCCAACCUGGACCAGCUGGCCGCAGGGGGUCUGCGCUUCACGGACUUCUACGUCCCCGUGUCUCUGUGCACACCCUCCCGGGCUGCGCUCCUGACCGGCCGGGUCCCAGUCCGGAUGGGCAUGUACCCUGGAGUCCUGGAGCCCAGCUCCCGGGGCGGCCUGCCCCUGGAGGAGGUGACAUUGGCUGAAGUCCUGUCUGCUCGAGGCUACCUCACAGGGAUGGCCGGCAAAUGGCACCUUGGGGUGGGGCCGGAGGGGGCCUUCCUGCCCCCCCAUCAGGGCUUCCACCGCUUCCUGGGUAUCCCUUACUCCCAUGACCAGGGCCCCUGCCAGAACCUGACCUGCUUCCCACCGGCCACUCCCUGUGAUGGUGGCUGUGACCAGGGCCUGGUUCCCAUCCCACUGUUGGCCAACCUGUCUGUGGAGGCACAGCCCCCUUGGCUGCCUGGACUGGAAGCCCGCUACGUGGCUUUCGCCCGCGACCUCAUGGCCGACGCCCAGCGCCAGGGCCGUCCAUUCUUCCUGUACUACGCUUCCCACCACACCCACUACCCCCAGUUUAGUGGGCAUAGCUUCGCAGGCCGCUCAGGCCGUGGGCCCUUUGGGGACUCCCUGAUGGAGCUGGAUGCUGCCGUGGGGGCCCUGAUGACGGCCGUGGGGGACCUGGGGCUGCUCGGAGAGACACUGGUCAUCUUCACUGCAGACAAUGGGCCUGAAACCAUGCGUAUGUCCCGCGGAGGCUGCUCUGGCCUCCUGCGCUGCGGGAAGGGCACGACCUUCGAGGGAGGCGUCCGGGAGCCUGCCUUGGCCUUCUGGCCAGGCCGCAUCACUCCUGGUGUGACCCACGAGCUGGCCAGCUCCCUGGACCUGCUGCCCACGCUGGCAUCCCUGGCUGGGGCCCCGCUGCCCAACGUCACCUUGGAUGGCUUUGACCUCAGUCCCCUGCUGCUGGGCACAGGCAAGAGCCCUCGGAACUCCCUCUUCUUCUACUCGGCCUUCCCCGAUGAAGUCCGCGGAGUCUUUGCUGUUCGGAGUGGGAAGUACAAGGCUCACUUCUUCACCCAGGGCUCCCCACACAGCGACACCACCGCAGACGCUGCCUGCCAUGCCUCCAGCCCUCUGACCGCCCACGAGCCACCACUGCUCUACGACCUGUCUGAGGACCCCGGUGAGAACUACAACCUCCUGGAGGGCGUGGCCGAGGUCCCGGCAGAGGCACUGCAGGCCGUGAAGCAUCUCCAACUGCUCAAGGCCGAGUUUGAUGCGUCCAUGACCUUUGGCACCAGCCAGAUGGCCCGGGGUGAAGACCCCACUCUGCAGAUCUGCUGCCAGCCCAGCUGCACCCCCCGCCCCGUGUGCUGCCACUGCCCCGACUCCCAGCCCUGAGGGCACUGGCCACGUCCACAUGGGGGACCCUUUGAGGCCGGCCCAGGUCCCCUGGCCCUGCCCGGGCAGGUGAGGGGGAGGGGACAGCUGUGUGUGGGCGUUUGUUCCUACAAAUGAAAUCACACCAGCUGAG